AUGACCGUAUCGGUAUCCAAUAAUUCAUAUUCAAGGAUAUAUCGCACAUUUUGGUUCCAAGCAGAGGGACACUUUGUAGAUCAUUUACGGUAUUAUGACAGUUCAAAAUGUUCCGUGCCAAAUUGUAUCUUGGAAACCAAUAUUUCUAAUGCUGACAUAGUGAUAUUCAGUCAUAAACGGAUUCCUAAAAGAGUGAUCAAGAAAGAAAAAGGACAAAUUUGGGUGUUUAACACGGCAGAAAGUCCUUAUCACACGGUGCAGCCAAACAAAGAAUGGAUGGGCCUUUUUGAUUUGUCUAUGUCGUAUAUGGAGGAAUCCGAUAUUUAUGUGCCAUUGUAUGGUAAACUGCAAAAAGUAAAAGAACCUGUCAUCAAAAACUACACUGGGAUAUUCAGCAAGAAAACCAAAGACGCGGUGUGGGUUUCGGGCCACUGUCCAACUCCUUCCAAAAGAGAAAAAUUGGUUGAAGAGCUUAGUAAAUACUUAAAAGUGGAUACUUACGGCAGAUGUGGUACUAAAAAAUGUGGCAAACAAUAUGAUAAUUUGAAUGGUUGCCAGUCCAUGUUCGAAAGAGAUUACAAAUUCUUUUUUUCUUUCGAGAAUUCAUUAUGUAAAGGUUACACAACAGAAAAAUUGUUUGCGCUGUAUUUGAACCGUGCCAACCUAGUUCCUGUCAUAAACGGACCCAAAGGCGCUGCUCAUUAUCUUCCAAAGGGAACUUACAUUAAUAGUCAAGAUUUCGCUUCUGUAAGUCUUUUAGCCAAAGAAUUAAUCAGAAUAGGUUCUAAUGAAACACAAUACAUACGGUAUUUAAAAGAAAAGGACAAGUUUAUUCCUCAACCAUUUCAAAAAACUGUUUUUGAUGCCCAGUGUGAUUUAUGUAAAUAUGUUAGAGAAGUGAGUAACGGGAAGAAGGUGAGGAAAAACAAAUCCUGGCUCAAUGUGUUGAAUCCUGAUGUUUAUUGUACAAUGGAAAAAUAA